CAAAGUCAGAAAGGGGGAUGAAGUGUGGGAAUAAGAGGCAGUUAUUCGAACAAGUCUCUGAAACAAAUUUAACAGGCAAGGCAACACUGGAGAUAACAAACAAGGACCAUAGAAGGGUUUGGGAAAGGACAUUUAUUAGAACCAAUCGACCUAUUUAAAUAACAGAACCAUUGAAGCAGUAACCUUGAAAAAACAAGAUUCGAAGAGCAAUUGGAUUUUACAAGCAAAUAAAAAGUGAUAGCUACUGGAAAUUAAGUAAGAAGGCGUUUCUGAAGGAAUACAUGUAUUCUUUUUGGCGGACUUAAAUCAGGUGUGGAAUUGUAUUACAAACUAGAUACCUAGGAUGUUUACUUUAGUAUUAAUUAACUUGCUAAAUUACAAUAUUUAAGUAUAUACAAUCUAUUUUUUAAAUAGAGACAUAUGUACGUAUAUUGAUCUUCUGUAUCGUUGGUAAAACUAAGCCACAAGCAUGGUGCAAGACAAUUCGACCAACUCUAGUAUUUACAAUCACCUUAGACCACUGGACCCCACUGUUCCUGCUAUUAUGUUUAUAUUUGGUGUUGUGGGAAACGUGAUAGCAAUUGUUGUUCUUUGCAAAUCCAGAAAGGAACAGAAAGAGACUACCUUCUACACCUUGGUCUGCGGACUAGCAUUUACCGAUCUGUUGGGUACAAUUCUCGUCAGUCCGGUCACCAUUGCCACCUAUGUGAAAGGAUGUUGGCCAGGUGAGGAUUCGCUCUGCGAGUACAGUGCUUUCAUUCUCCUCUUUUUUGGGCUGGCAGGACUUAGCAUAAUAUGUGCCAUGUCAGUUGAAAGGUACAUGGCUAUUAACCAUGCCUAUUUCUACAACCACUAUGUGGACAAGAAGCUGGCAGGCUUAACAUUGCUUGCGAUCUAUGUUUCAAACGUGCUGUUCUGUGCUUUGCCCAGCAUGGGUUUUGGCAAGGCUAAGAAGCAAUACCCUGACACCUGGUGCUUCAUAGAUUGGAGCAGCAACGUGAGCACCAACGCUGCGUUCUCUUACAUGUAUGCGGGUUUUAGUUCUUUUCUUAUUUUGACCACUGUUGUCUGCAAUAUCUUGGUCUGCGGGGCACUGAUCGGGAUGCACAGAAAGUUUGUGAGAAGGACAUCCCUUGGCACGGAUCAGAACAGGAUUGCAGAGUUUCGAAGAAGACGGAGUUUCAGCAGGAUGGCUGGAGCAGAAAUCCAGAUGGUGAUCCUUCUUAUUGCCACGUCAGUGGUGGUGUUGAUUUGUUCCAUUCCACUAGUGGUGCGAGUGUUUGUAAAUCAGUUGUACCAGCCAGACGUGGUGAAGGAGAUCUACAAAAACCCUGAUCUCCAGGCCAUUCGCAUAGCCUCGGUGAACCCCAUCCUGGACCCGUGGGUCUAUAUUCUCCUGCGGAAGGCAGUUCUCCUCAAACUCAUCGAGAAAAUCAAGUGUCUCUUCUGCAGAAUUGGGGGACGCAAUCAGCGACCAGGUGACAAUUUUAACUGCAUAGACGGCCAGCGAACUUCCUCAGUGAUGUCCCGGGAUUCCCCUUCCCUGUUGUCUCAGGAGCUAAGGGAGGUCAGCAGCACAUCACAGACAUUUUUAUACCUUCCGGAGAACAGCGAGAACCUCCUUGGCAGCUGUAGGACAGGGCGGUGGACAUCAGACUCUAGCACAGAAAGCUCUUCAUUAAGGGCUUUCCGGAGCUCUAAUUAUUUACCAGAGCAGGACUCAAAAAACAGGACUUCAGUAAAUCAAUCCGGUUCAUCUAGCUUUUCAAAUUCAAGUAGUCGGCCCCCUUCUUAUCAAAAAGACCAUCCCCUCCAUGUGACUUUCACGGAUGAAACACUGAACCUUCAAGAAAAAUGUAUAUAGCUCUGACAAAAGACUUUUUUCACCCGUUUUUUUUUUGUUUGUUUGUUUUUAAAGCCACAUCAUUUCUUGCUUCAUAUUUGUGUUAAGUUGGUGUAAUCAUUGUUACUGGCACUUCAUCCAAAAUGUACAGCUAACCUAUACUAACGAUGUAAUUUAGGAGGGAAUCCCUUUAAAGUUGGAACAUCAAACAGGGGGCUGCUCAGAAUAGUUACCUUGUCAUAAAUAAUUGAGCAUUGGUAAUAGCGUCUUAGGCGAUAUCUUUUUAAAUGCCACUAUAUUUUGGCCUCUACCCCUUGUUAUGUGUUUAAUAGUCAAUGUUGUGUGUCACAAUGUGAUAUAAUGUGAAUUUCUGCUCCAUUCAGUUAUUACGAAGGCACAGAUUGUAUAUAAUUUCUUCUCCAUGAGAAGGUUUCACUUAGAGGAGCAAUAACACAGUCUUUAAUUUCAAAAUCACCUGCUGGCAGUUAGAAACCUAAACAUUUCAUGACAGCAGCUGAAUUUAUUAAAGAAAAAACAGAAUUUUAUGUUUUCCAACAUUUUCAUUCAUCAGACAAGCAAGUAACUUAAGAAUAUCAAAUAACUACAGCUAACUGCCUGCAAACAAGAAACUAUUGCACCUCAAUAAUAGAACACAUAGUGUCACUAUGUGUGCAAGUCAUUUAAUACUACUUUGAAAAUGAAGACUCCCCUUGUGUUCACUGUGCAGCUUAACCAUAUUUCAGAAUAGAAAUAUGUAGUGAGAUAUGUAGUAAGUCCUAUCAUUGAAAAAGCUUGCAUUAAUUUGUCAUAUAACCCUCCACAGCUUUCAAAUAUUUGCUAUGGAACAGACGGGAUCUUUCCUUUUAAAGUGUUAUGUAGUUACAGCUUUGCUGUAUUAUAAAUAACAUGUACAUAUUUGUCCAUGGAUUUAAGCAUUUUUAUUAAAAAUGUUGCUGCUUGUUUAUGUGCAUUGCUUACAUGAAGUCACACAUUUUCUUCCUGAACCUGAUGUUUGUGUUGACUAAAAUUAUUUUUUAUUAAAAUAUAUGUUAAAAACAAA